GCUACUUUAAAUAGGAUUCUGUUGAACCGCUUUGAUGUGUUCGCCCGAUUUAACCGACUCUGUGCGCGAGCGUAUAAGCGGAUUAAGCUAACUGUUUCUGCUCUAUCUGUUCAGACGCACGUGCCCGUUUCACUGCGGUAGCGGUUUUGUGUUUCCAUCCCCCAGAGUUUAUAGUCUGAAACAGAAAGGUGGAAUAUGAGCCUCGACUACGGCGUGUGGGACCGCAUCUCCGUCCUCGUCCUCACUCGUCCGUUCGUGGACACGCCGAGCUUGGUCAGAAUGAGACGCCGGGCCAGGCUGGAUAAGACGGCCAAAUUUCAGCAGAGGGGUGAAGAUCUGGAAAGCAGCUUUGUGGAAUGCCGAAGGCUGCUUCAGGAAGCCCAGCGACAACUCGGAUCCUUGGAAGAGCAGGUGAAGCGGGAAGAGGAAGAUGAGGAACGAGAGGCUGAGCUGAAGAAAAUCCAGGCUGAGUUAAAGAAACUUGAGAAGGAUGAAAAGUUCUUUCUGGGACUCCUGGAGGAACAUCGGCGUGAUGAGAAGAAACUUCCCUGGAACGUAGACACCAUCUGCAGCGAAGGUUUUAGCAAGGAAAUGCAGAGGAGUUUUGAUGAGAAAAACACAGAGAUGCUGCAGUAUGUGAUGAACAAGCUGAACCCUGAGGAGGGAAGGUACCACCUGCAGAGAUGCAUUGACUCAGGCCUGUGGGUGCCUGACUUAAAGGAGGAAGAAGAUUAGAAAAUGAAAACCGAACUCGGUCAUCGUUAAGUCUAUGUUUUUAGUGUGUCUUAAAGAUGAGGAAAUUACACUAUGUACUUUCCUUUGAUUAAUAUAUCGCAAUGUUUUUAAUCAAAAAUCUAAUUUAAAACAAAUUUCAAUAUUACAAAUUUUAAUGUAGAUCUGGAAAUAUGGACACGUGUGGAUUGGUUUGUUUUUCUAUUCACUCUGUCAGACUAUUGAAUUAAAAACAUUAUGUGCACUCUAAGGUAGGUUGUCUUGUUCUUUUCAUUAAUACGUGGCAAUACGUGUUUGCGACUUCAGACCCAGGAAAGAGCCGGCACUCGCUGGAGGGACCAUAUAUGUUCAAGUUUCCCAUCUGCUUCCUUCAGGCUUUCAUCAUAGAAAUAUAUCCGGACUGAUAUUUCCACUUUGGAACCUCAACUAUUUGAAUCUGGUUUAAAAAAUCCUGAAAAAUCCCGUUGAUGACAAUGAAUUUGUAUUUGAUCGCAUGAAAUAAGGACUUAUCUAAAUGACUAUGUUUGAUUUUAAAUUAGAAACAGGUUCACAGUAAACACAAGAAAACAAGAAUGGUGAACAAUAAACUUAAUAGUCAAAAACAAUAGCUUGAAGUAAUGUGUAAAGUAAAACACAUUCCCCUCCUUAAGCCACUUCACAAUGAUGUCCUGUUAUGUUUCUGUCUAUUCCCUGCACAGUGAACUGACAAAACAUGAAUAGUCAAGCAGUAUGAAAUAGAACUAAAGCAACGUGCAAGUAUAAAUAUGUCCAAUAAAAGGUAUAAAAUAUGUUUCUAAGUAAUUAUGUGGAAGGUGAAGAAGGGUAUAAAGAUAAUAAUAUGAGAUAUUGUGAGAAGAAUCAGUUGAAUAUAAGGGUAAGGGAAUUUUAAAAAAAGUGUAAAGUUAUUGCUCCUUUUCUGACAAAUGGCUAAAAUGACUGAGACUUCUGUUGCAAAACGUUGUUUUUAUUGUGUGUAUUUGUUUAGGGGUAGGCCUAUUCUUUUUAGUGUAUUUUUUUGUAUUGAUCAAAAUAAAUAAUAAAUUGUUCAAAAUAAAUAAAUACUUUUGUUAAGGUCCAGCUUUCUGAUCCUUGAUUUUAAUGCACGCUUAUUUAUUUUACCAUUAAAAUAUAGAAGUGUUUGUUAUCACAAUGUCCUCAUAUGUAACAGGAAUAAAAUA